AUGGCGGCAAGGACAGCAACACCGGUGGUUCCAUCGACUGGAUCUAUCCCGAAGCAAGAUGAAGAGUGGCGUGCAAUUUUGUCUCCUGAGCAAUUUAGAAUUCUCCGACAAAAGGGAACAGAAAACCGAGGAAAAGGAGAGUAUACAAAAUUGUUCGACGAAGGAACCUAUUCUUGUAUUGGUUGUGCAACUCCUCUUUAUAAGUCCACCACCAAGUUUGACUCUGGUUGUGGCUGGCCUGCCUUCUUCGAUGCUAUUCCCGGUGCCAUUAAACAAACGCCGGAGGCAGGUGGAAGAAGAAUGGAAAUCACUUGCGCAAAAUGUGAUGGACAUUUAGGUCAUGUUAUCAAAGGAGAAGGUUUUCCCACGCCUACUGAUGAUCGUCAUUGCGUCAACAGUGUUUCUCUCAAGUUUUCUACUCAAAAGACUGCCCAAUAA